GCGGAAAUGACGCGCGCUUGACAGUCUCACCUGCGGCUGCUCCAGAUGAGUGACACUUCCCUGACAGGACUGAGGAGACAAACGGAACCGGAAGAGCUGGUGGGACCUGGAACUUUAUUUUGCUUCUGGAGAGAGGGAGGAAGCAUGAGCUGCACCAUAGAGAAAGUUCUGGCUGAUGCCAAAGAAUUAGUGGAGCGGCUGCGGGAACACGACGGUGCGGCGGAAUCUCUUAUCGAGCAGACGACCACCCUGAAUAAACGAGUGGAAGCCAUGAAACAGUACCAAGAGGAGGUGCAGGAGCUGAAUGAAAUAGCCAGGCACCGGCCACGCUCUACUCUGGUCCUUGGGAUUCAGCAAGAGAACCGGCAAAUUCGGCAACUUCAGCAGGAAAACAAAGAAUUACAUGGUUCCCUUAAAGAGCACCAGUCUGCCCUGGAACUGAUCAUGACCAAAUACAGGGAGCAAAUGUUUCGCCUGCUCAUGGCCAGCAAAAAGGAUGAUCCUGGGAUUAUUAUGAAGCUGAAAGAGCAACACUCCAAGGAGUUAGAGGCUCACAUAGAGAAAAUCAGUGAAAUGACAGCAGUGAUGAGACGGGCCAUUGAAAUGGAUGAGCAGCAGGAUAACCAAGAACAUGAUCGGAUCAUUAAACUGGAGCAAGAAAACAAGCGCCUGAGGGAAAUCCUACAGAUCACCAAACUAUCUUUCCUUAAUCUCCAUAAAGAUGAUGCGCCCGAAAACCCCUCCCACUCUGCGCCGGUCCCCAACACCGACCUGAGUUUAAGGAAAAGCUGAAGAAAUGUUCAGAUUGUACAUUGCUAAACUCCUGUACAGACGGGAAGAGCCGGUGCCGUUUAAUCACCGCCGGGUGUUUGGGAAGGCAGCACCUGCAUUGUAAAUAGCGCCUACGUUUUAUGUGCGUCUGUGCCUGAUUCAUAUCAGAGAGAUAUGGGCCUGCGGAGUCUCAUUGUAACGCUCACAAGGUGAGACAGAUUAUUUUUUUUAACUCAGACUAUACUGACUGGGCCAUGCUGGGCUGAGGGGAACAUUUUAUUAAAAACUUGAAGUGCUAUUUUAUAGAAGAUAUAAUAUAUAUAUAUAUAUAUAUACAUAGACGUGAUGUGGAUAUUUUGUAUCACAUGUACGAAAAGGUAAAUCAUGACAUUCCAACAAUCCUUAUAUUACUGUGCCAGGGGGUUCUGUGUCUGCAUUUACCUCUGCCUAAACCAACAAUAAAAUAUUCACGGCUUCUUCUA